AUGGCUGACACUAUUGAACAGCACGAGUUACAAUCCACGGAUCAUCAGGAAGUUGCUGUUCCCCAUGUCGUACCUGAAGAUGUGGCUGCUAUGUUUGAUCUAAAGAAGAAGAAGAAAAAAUCGAAAAAAAUCAAGAAAGAGAAAAAAGACAAGUCGGAAGAUACUGUAGCUGCUAGUGAUGUUACACCAACGGAUGCGAACCUAGUGCUUGUGCAAGACCCUGCUACGUAUUCAUACAAGGACGAAUUACUAGCUCGUAUUAUGGCGAAAUUACACGAGAACAAUCCAGAAUUAACUGACCGUAAACGGCACACGAUGAAACCUCCACAGCUUAUGCGUGUAGGCACAAAGAAAACCUUGUGGGUGAAUUUUCAAGAGAUUUGUCAGAUGAUGCAUCGUAGUCCUGAGCACGUGUUACAAUUUACAUUGGCUGAACUUGGUACAGAAGGAUCAAUUGAUGGUAACCAACGUUUGGUCAUACGUGGUCGCUAUGUACCAAAGUACAUUGAAUCGCUACUACGUAAAUACAUUACGGAGUAUGUAUCGUGCCAAAUGUGCCGUUCACCUAAUACUACACUGACGCGUGAUUCAGUCAGCCGACUUUAUUUCGUGCACUGUCAGGAUUGCGGUUCGUCGCGAUCGGUCGCUGCUAUUCGCUCGGGUUUCCACGCUGCUACUCGCGCUGAUAGACGGGCUGCACGCAAGUAG